UUUGUAAAAUUUGAAGGUCAGGGUCGAGUAGGUGGCUUUUCGGAGGUGUGUUCAGUGAGUCACUUCACUGUUUGGGGAUGUUGAGGGGUUUGGCUUUCCCAAUGAAGUCCUCUACCAUCAAACUAUUUAUCCUGGUUUUUCUUCUCUUACUGGUACUCCAACUCAUAUUCUUCUACUCCUCAAGCAUAGAUGUUGUCAAUAUAGUUGGUCAACUAGGUAAUUCGGGAUUAGCGGAUAGUGGCGGUAGAUUUGGCCCACGUGAUCAAUUGGAGACACUUGGUGAUAUGGGUCGUCCAGUUGUCUUACCUGAGUUUCUAAAAGCUGAAUCUAAGCUCACAUUUCAUGUAAAUGAAUUCAAUCUUGUUGUUAGUAAUUUGAUUGGUCUACGUCGUAAUUUAGAUGAUUUUCGUCAUCCUAGUUGUAGGCAACCAAUACCUUUGGAUAAAUUGAUUCCAUUCAAAACAAGUGUUAUUAUUGUAUUCCAUAAUGAAGCUUGGUCAGCUUUAUUGCGUACUGUUCAUUCGGUUCUUGAUCGUACACCAGUACAAUUGCUUCAUGAAAUUAUUCUUGUAGAUGAUGCUAGUACACAAUCCCAUUUAGGUGAUCAAUUGAAAACUUAUGUAAAUUCACUAAAUAAGCCUGUACGAAUUGAACGAAUGUCAAAUCGAAGUGGUUUAAUACGUGCUCGAUUACAUGGAGCGAAAAUUUCCACUGGUAAAACGCUUACAUUCUUAGAUGCACAUUGUGAAGUGACUAUUGGUUGGCUAGAAACUCUACUUAGACAUAUUUCAGAAAAUCAAGAACGUAUAGUUUGCCCGAUCAUUGAUGUUAUUAGUCAUGAUACGUUUGAAUAUCUUCUUGGUUCUGAUCGUACAUGGGGUACAUUCGAUUGGCAAUUUAAUUUCCAUUGGGAAAAUGUUGUAGAUAGAGAAAUAGAGCGUAUUAAUGAUGAGCAUAAUGUCCCGUUACGAACACCUACUAUGGCUGGUGGUUUAUUCACCAUUACUCGUGAAUACUUUUAUAAGAUUGGUGCUUAUGACGAAGAUAUGGAAAUAUGGGGUGGUGAAAAUAUUGAAUUAUCAUUUCGUGUUUGGCAAUGUGGCGGUGAAUUACUAAUCGAUCCUUGUAGUCGUGUUGGACAUGUAUUUCGUAAAUCUUCACCAUAUACAUGGCCCGGUGGUGUUAGUCAUAUAUUACAUAAGAAUUUUGUACGUACUGCACUAGUUUGGUUAGAUCAGUAUAGUCGAUUUUAUUUUAUGCUGAAUCCAUCUGCUUUAUCAGUUGACUAUGGAGAUAUUUCUAAACGUAAAAAACUUCGUCAACAAUUAAAUUGUAAAAGUUUUCGUUGGUAUUUAGAGAAAAUUUAUCCUGAAUCAUCUAUUCCAAUUGAUGUGAUAAGAUUAGGUGAAGUUCGUCAUAAAUCUGGUCAAUGCCUUGAUUCUCUUGGGCAUAAAAUUGGUGAAACUGUCGGUGUUACACAUUGUCAUGGACAAGGUGGUAAUCAAGUAUUUGCAAUAACUGAAAGUGGUACAAUUCGUGUUCAUGCAGGAUGUAUAGAUGGUGGAGAUAGUCGAAGUAUUGGAACUGGAAUAUUAACUUUAAAAAAGUGUAAAAAGGAUAGUAUCAGUCAAAAAUUUGAAUUUAUCGGGAAUCAAAUAAUUCAUAAAGCAACAAAAUUGUGCCUUGUAAUUAUAUCAAUUGGUAAAGGUGUACGACUCUCAUUAAGAGUGUGCACUGAUACAAAUGAUUCCUAUUGGACUCUUCCUCCAUUAUUUAAUGAUACAUCAGUUUUAUUGUAAAAAGAAUAAUGUUUUCUACGCCCAUUUAUCUUUUCAGAUGUGGUAUAUAUAUAUAUAUAUAUAUAUAUAUAUAGUAUUGCUUUAAUUCUUUUAUGUAUACUUUCCACCCAAUAUCUUCUUCCAAAAUGAUGUUACAUCAUCAAUUGAAUGAACAUUUUUUUUCAAUGAAAAGUCAAGUUUCUUCUGUUAUUCAAUUUAUUUUUUAAUUAACAUUAGAUUUGAGAUAAUUGAUUGUUUUAUCUAAUAUACAUAUAAUAUGUGUAUAUGGUCUUAGCAGGUAAUUUUUUGUUAAUUUCAUGUGUAUAUUACUUAUAAGUAGUAAUGAAUUUCAUCAAAUUAUUUUGUUGCUUCAAAAUGGUAUUAUGUUUUCUUUAAAAAGAAAAAAAAAACUUAUUUCUAUUGUCUUGAAAACUUUCUAUGUUUGUUUAUAAAAUCGAUAUUGAUACAAAAAGCCAUGUAAAUUACAACAACAACAAGUCAACUAGGAAUAUUUAGUUAAGUGUUUAUUUUUAUUCUUUCAACUAUCAAUCUACCUAUCGGAGUGUUUAAAUGGUGGUUGGUAAUAAUCACUACUUUUGUAUAAAAUAAAUUAAGUAUGAUCA